CAUCCUUGGUGUUUUGUUUACCUUCUGCGAUUUAAACGCAUUUUAACUUUAACAAUGUCUUCCAAAACACAUUCAUCGAUGGAGUGUUUGUUUAUUCUCUUGUUAACCUCAACCUUCGCCGGGUUAUCAGAUUUGCGUACAAAUACGUUCCCAAUUCUCGUCGAUGCUAAAGAUGUAGAGAAAGUCCCAGAACUUGAUCUCUCCAAGAUGAUCAACGAGAAUGUGUAUUCGAAAAUAUUCGUCCGCAAACGUGAAGAACACAAACUACUGGUAAAGCAUCUUCAAUCCAUCGACGAUUAUGGGAAACGUUACAAGCUGAUGAAAAUAGGAAUUGAUGAAAUCAUUCGCAUAAUCCGUGAGGAAGGAGGUAAACUGCGUGGGAACAACAUCACCUCGGAGUCGGAGUUUCCCAAACUUCAGGAACUGAUCAAUGCGCUCGCUCAGUUCCUCGAGAAUACAUGUCUAUUCGGUGAAAUGGUGUUACACUUUCCCGAUAUGUCCUAUCGCAUACUAAAGACUGUUUCCGAUUGGCGCACUCUAAUGACAGACGCCCUCAACUACAGCAAAGCGUUCGUACAAAUUCUGGAUGAAAAAUCCAUCGAAUUGCUCAGCUUGCUCAAUCAAGAGAUCAACGAAGACCAGCGAACAUCAGAUUACGUCAAUCCAUAUCGGGAAACUGUUCCAUCGACCGAAUCUUCGAAGGACAAGCAAAAGAAAAAAUCCAAACCGAAAAAAGGACCAGCACUUUCCCCAGCGAAGACAGAAUUAUAACGCACAUCAUUUCCGAUUAGUUAUCCUAACCCCGGUCGUGUUUCCAUGCUGAUGCCGACACGAUCUCUAUUCGCGCAUUGAAGGAGCGCCCAGUUGGCCCAUCUGUACCAUCUUGCCGUAACCACCUCGACCCAAAUCGU